UAAUGGUGGUCCGAGCAAGUAGUGGGUACUCUAGCAUCAAGCAACAAGGUUGUGUCGGCGUCUCCAACAUUGACAAAACACCAAGGACGACCAGGUGCGCUUGGCCCCACAACAGUAACUGCGUGAUGGCUUCCUCUAGAAACUAUUACCGCCACCACCACCUCUCCUCCUCCAAGCUCGCACGGCCACCACUCGCAACCUAUCCUUGCAUUCCCAGCAUCGUCGGCAUCACGACGACUUAGUACGCCAUGAACGGCGGGCUCCUCGCCGCCGUGCUGAUCCUCGUGUUGCACCCGCCACCGGCCGACGCGGCUACGUCGGCGACCUGCGACAGUAGCGGCGGCGGCGGCCGCUACACGCCCGGCAGCGCCUACGAAGCCAGCCUCCGCCGAGUCGCCGACGCUCUCCCCACCAACGCCUCCACCUCCGCCAACCUCUACGCCACCGCCGCCGUCAGCGCCGGCACCAACCAGACCGUGUACGCCGCCGGGCUGUGCCGCGGCGACCUGGUCCCCUACACCUGCCUGGUGUGCCUCCAGUCGAGCUUCAGCGACGCGCAGCUCCAGUGCCCCCUCGACACGGACGUGAGCAUGAACUACGACGCCUGCCACAUGCGCUUCGCCGGCGUCGACUUCCUCGCCUCCACCAACAACUCGGUGCAGCUACCCUACUUCACCAACUUCCCCGCGGUGGCCGCCGCCUCCGCCGCCGGCCGCUUCAACGGCCUCGUGGCGGAGCUCCUCGCCGCCACCGCAGGCUACGCGGCCGGGUCGGGGAGGAGGUUCGCCACCGGCGAGAUGGACGUGGACAGCGACUACUCCCAGGGGCAGUUCUCCAACAUAUUCGCGACGGCGCAGUGCACGCCGGACCUGACGCCGGCGCAGUGCCGCGCUUGCCUGGCCGGCGCCAUGGCGGAGAUGCCACGCCAGGUGUUCCCCAGCAACUCGACGGGGGCGAGCUUCGUGGGCGAGCGCUGCGGCUUGCAGUUCGCCCCGUAUGCGUUUUAUAACGGCGACACCAUGGUGAAGCUGCCCAUUCGGCUGCAAGGAAAAAAGUCGGCAACGACUCCAGUUCUUGCAAUAGUACCUGCAGUAUUGGGUGGACUAUUCGCACUAACACUAAUUGCCCUUUGGGUUUGGCGGAAGAAGAGGUCACCAAGAAAAAUGUCACUCUUCGUAAAUGUAGAAGACAUGGAAAGUUUUGAGUCCAUAUUUAUCGGCCUAUCCACGCUUCAGUCAGCAACAAACAACUUCGAUGAAAACAACAAACUUGGCGAAGGAGGAUUUGGUGUUGUUUAUAAGGGUGCUCUGCCAGAUGGACAAGAAGUAGCAGUCAAGAGGCUUUCUGAGAGCACAACACAAGGACUAGGCCAGAUGAAGAAUGAGCUAGCUUUGAUAGCUAAGCUACAGCACAAAAAUCUUGUUAGGAUUGUCGGUGUUUGCUUGGAAGAAGGUGAACAAUUGCUUGUCUACGAGUACAUGCCCAACAAAAGCCUGGACACCAUUAUCUUUGAUCCCGAUAAAAGUAAAAAGCUCGACUGGGGAGCGCGAUUCAGAAUACUCAACGGAAUUGCUCGAGGCCUGCAGUACCUGCAUGAACAUUCCCAGCCGACGAUAGUCCACCGGGAUCUGAAAGCGAGCAAUGUUUUACUUGAUGCUGACAUGAAACCCAAGAUUUCAGACUUUGGUCUGGCAAAGAUUUUUGAUGAUGACCAAACAAGGCACAUCACAAGCCGCAUCAUUGGAACACUCGGUUACAUGUCUCCUGAAUAUGCCAUGCGUGGGCACUACUCUACGAAGUUAGACGUGUUCAGCUUCGGCGUUCUUGUCCUGGAGAUAGUGACUGGGCGAAGAAACAACUACGCACUGAACACACUGUAUUCUCAAGACCUCUUCUAUCUUGUGUGGAAACACUGGGUCGAGGGAACAAUCGCAGAAAUAGCAGACACUAGCCUGGGCAGGCACUACCCAAUGGCCGAAGUUCUGAAGUGCAUCAACAUUGGGCUGCUCUGCGUUCAGCAGAACCCGACGGACCGGCCAUCUAUGUCUGCGAUCGUCGCCAUGCUCGGCAGCGACACGGUCUCCCUGGAAGCUCCCUACCGGCCAGCCUAUGUCGACAGGAGCAGGAGCUACUCAGAGACUGCUGAGCGUGUGAAGGAAGAGCUGUGCUCGGAGCCUCAGACGUCGAUCACGGAGCUCACACCUAGGUAGACAGAGAAUUUGACAAAGAAUUUGCCUGCAGCAAUAUAGUCAGUUCAACAGGCACAAAUAUGAAUUCGAAGGAUGUGUGUAUUGUGUCCGUUGUGUAUAUAUACUGCACAAAUAGUUAUAUAAUAAUGUACUUGCAAUGACAUUAGUAAAUCCCGUGGCAAAAAUAUACAUGAUGCAAACAGUUCGCACA